AAGAAGAAAGAGAAGCAGGAUGAUGAUUUGCUGACCCUGAAAGCCUGCCCUCCACCUGAGGUGGAGUUUGUUGACAUUUUUCAGAAAGUCAAGUACUCCCUCUGUCUGCUGGACCGCCUGAAGUCGUCCAUCUCUGAGCCGUCUUCUGGGGAGCUGGUGCAUCACGUCUUUAUUCCCCUGGGCCUGAUGGUGAAGACUACUGAUGGGCCAGAGAUGGGGGCGACUGUGGUCAGUCCAGCCUUGACCAGUGGUGCUGUGUCUCUACUGCAGAAACACCUGACCGAUGAAGAGAAGGAGCUUUGGAGCUCCCUAGGGCCUAACUGGACCUUACACUGCUCCCAGCUUGUUGAGUCUGUCCCUCCAUACUCACCUGUCUUUCUGGAUGGAUGGCAGCCUGAGGCCGUUGACCCAGAAGGUCAACUUUGGGAGGACCCAAUCAAGUCACAGCACAAACAGGACGCUCUUCAAUACAGUGUAGAGGACCCUCCUAACCAGGCUGAGGAAGGACCCAGCUCAGUCCAGCACACUGAUGAAUCGUACGUUUCUGACUUCCCCAAUAACUGCUGUAAUGCUUUUUGUUUACUGAUUCACACAGUUCACGAGAAACACAGUUUCACCACUGAUUAUGGCACCUUUCACCUUUCACUAAGUUUUAUGAUAGAGUGCUUGGAUCCAAUAACUUCCUGUGUCCAUAAAACAGAGGGGUGUUUUUAAAAAAGUUAUUACUUU